AUGUUGAAAGUACAAUUUAUCCUGAUGUUUAUUUGUGCACAAAUAUUUCUCAUUAAUUGUUAUACAUUAAGUCAUAUUCAAAGACCAUUUUGGUCUGAAUCCGAAGGUGAACCAAGCGAAGAAUUACUUUCGAAACUUUUACAUUCUGAAGCAUUCUUAAAUGAAGCAAAUCCAUCAAUGGGUCCAUCGGCUGUUGGUCUUCUUGAUCAAGCUGAUGGUCAUGCACGUAGUUUCCAAAAACGAGGACGACAAUGUUUAUGGAAAGUAUGUAGUUGGGCACUUGACAAGCGUUCAUUGCAUUCAUCAGGACCAUCAUCAUCAAAUUCAAUUGAUGCAUUAUCCAAACUAUUGUACUAG